AUGUCCACUCUUGAAGAACUCGAAGACCUGGAGCGUGAGGAUAGAGAUAAGAGAGGACGGGGGGACCGUGAUGGAAAGAAGUCUGACAAGGAUGGAGAUGCACUAAUGAAUGAUGCCGAUCAGAAGAAGGAGGAAGACAACUUACUAGAUGAUGAGAUCUUGCUAUCUAGCACGAGGGAUAUUGUAAACCGACGGAAACUGCUAGAAAACGAUAUGCGCAUUAUGAAGAGCGAGUUCCAACGAUUGACACAUGAGCAGAAUACUAUGAAGGAGAAAAUAAAGGAUAACCUGGACAAGAUCGAAAACAAUCGGCAAUUACCCUACUUAGUCGGAAAUGUCGUUGAGCUUUUAGAUCUUGAUGUCGAGAAAGAGGCUGCUGAGGAGGGUGCCAACAUAGACCUGGACGCCACCCGGGUGGGCAAAUCAGCCGUCAUCAAAACAUCGACUCGCCAAACAAUUUUCUUACCCCUUAUCGGUGUCGUUGAUCACGAAAAGCUAAAGCCCGGAGACCUAAUUGGCGUGAAUAAGGACUCAUAUCUCGUUCUCGACACCCUACCUGCAGAGUAUGACAGCAGGGUGAAGGCGAUGGAGGUUGACGAGAAGCCAACGGAACAAUACACGGAUGUUGGUGGGCUAAACAAGCAGAUCGAAGAGCUCGUAGAGGCCAUUGUCUGGCCGAUGAAGGAAGCUGAAAGGUUCAAGAAAAUCGGAAUUAAAGCCCCAAAAGGUGCAUUAAUGUACGGUCCUCCUGGUACCGGUAAGACACUUCUUGCCAGAGCUUGUGCAGCCCAGACAGAGGCUACCUUCUUAAAACUCGCCGGCCCACAACUUGUCCAGAUGUUCAUCGGCGACGGAGCAAAGCUUGUCCGAGACUGCUUUGCCCUGGCCAAAGAGAAAGCCCCUGCCAUUAUCUUUAUCGACGAACUCGACGCCAUUGGCACCAAACGUUUCGAUUCUGAAAAGUCUGGAGACCGUGAAGUCCAACGCACCAUGUUGGAACUCCUCAACCAGCUGGACGGCUUUGCUUCUGAUGACAGAAUCAAAGUCCUCGCAGCCACCAACCGCGUUGAUGUCCUGGAUCCAGCCUUGCUGCGCUCCGGUCGUUUGGAUCGGAAGAUUGAAUUCCCUCUUCCGAAUGAGGAAGCUCGUGCUCAGAUUCUCAAGAUCCAUUCACGCAAGAUGACCGUGGACGAGGGUGUCAACUGGGCAGAAUUGGCACGGAGUACGGACGAGUUUGGUGGUGCACAAUUGAAAGCUGUCUGUGUUGAAGCCGGUAUGAUCGCUUUGCGAAAGGGAAUGAGUAAGGUUGGCCACGAGCACUAUGUGGACGCCAUUGCCGAGGUACAGGCAAAGAAGAAGGAUACUAAUGUUGGCAUAUAUGUUUGA